AACGACGAAGGUGACCAUGAUAACCUCCGCUGAUGGUACUCGUAACACACUUUAUUUUUUGAAAAUAUUUGCUUGAUUAAAGAUGUUCACUCUUUUGUUUAACAUCCGCCUAUACUGCCACGACCUGCAUAUUUGUUCGUGAUAUUUCGUCAUUGUGUCGAAAAAUACAAAAGUAUCAUGAAUGAAUUUAAAAUGAUCGCGAGCUUGUUCUUGUUUUUAUUACUAUUUAUAAUCGAAAUAAAUGGUGAUUUGUUGGAUUUGCGAAGUGGUUUAAUUAAUGGUACCGUUGGAAAAACUAAGAAUGGGCGUUCAUUUCAGCAGUUUUAUGGAAUUCCAUAUGCAGAACCACCUGUAGGAAGUUUACGUUUCAAGGAUCCAGUACCAGCUAAAUCGUGGUCCAGUGUGAAAGAUGCUUCUAAACCUCCACCAAUGUGCAUUCAACACAAGGGAUUCUUCAACUUCAGCAGUCCCAUCAUUGGACAAGAAGAUUGCCUUUAUUUGAACGUUUUCGUACCAAAUGAUUUAUUCAAUACUUCAAGUAAAACCCCUGUAAUUGUUGGAAUUCAUGGAGGAGGAUUCAUACAUGGUGAAGGAAUCGACUACAACCCUGAUUAUUUCAUGGAUCACGAUGUUGUUUUUGUAACAUUCAACUACCGUUUGGGUUCUUUUGGCUUCCUUGGCUUGAACAACAACCAAAUAAGCGGUAAUUUCGGACUGAAAGAUCAAACACUGGCGUUACAAUGGGUUAAGGAGAAUAUCGCAAAGUUCGGCGGUGAUCCUAAUUCUGUAACGUUGCUUGGAGAAAGCGCUGGAGCGAUGUCCAUACAUUUGCACAUGUUCUCUCCUCUCAGCAAAGGGCUGUUUCAAAGAGCGAUCAUGCAAAGCGGUUGUGCAUUUAGUCAUUUGACUCAACACGAAGAAGGGUAUGGCGAAGCAAUUGCGACGACAUUUUUACUCAUUGCUGGAUGUUUCCGUAAAGAUUCUGCCAAAGUAUUAUCAUGUCUGCAACGUAUACCAGCUGAAGAUAUUAUCAAGAUGGGAGACUCCCUAGUUCCACAAAUAAAGAAUAGCCCCAUAAACACGCCUAUCAUCGAAUCAAAUGUGAAUAAUCGACCAUUUUUGCCGCAGAAACCUUCCAAAACUACAUAUCAAACCCUUGUACCAUGGAUCAUCGGUAUAAACUCAUGCGAUGGAUGCAUAUUUGCAUUCUAUUCAUUCAGUAAAGCAGGACCAUUGUCGGAAGUCAAAAACACUAGAAAACAACUAUUAUCGUCUUUAAAUGAACGUUUGCCUCAGCAUGUACUUGAUAAUGUUGAUAAUGCAACUCAGAAAGUUACAGAUUUUUAUUUCAAUGCCAAUGAUACAGGAUCAGAUUUGACGUUGAGCUUUGUUAAUAUGGUUACAGAUUAUAAUUUCCUCCACCCCUUAGUACAAUCUGUAAAAUCUAGUCAUGAUCGUCAAUACGUGUACCUUUAUGAUUUCAAAGGAUCAUUUUCAUGGCGUCCUCCGACAAAUUUGACAAAAAAUCUAGGCUCUGAUCAUGCCGAAGAACUUCCUUUAUUAUUUCGCAAUGAAAAAUUGGAAGCCAAAUGGACCCCAGAGGAUAAAAAAAUAUCGGAAUCUUUAGUGCGAUUUUGGACUAAUUUCGCCAUCUUCACUAAUCCCAAUGGACCUUCCGGAGAAAAAAUAUGGACACCAGUAGAAACAGAAGAUAUUGAAUUUUUGCGCAUAAGAAGUGACUCGUUCAUCAUGGAAAAAAAGACGCUUAAAGAGAGAUCUGAUUUUUGGGAAUCCUUAAAAUGAUCAUUGAUCAUAGAGACAUGACAAUAUAGAUAAUUUGCGAAACAAAUUCCAAAUGAAGACAGUUUUCUAGUAUGAGUAGUUUGGCCACUUUAGCCGAAUAUUUGACACACUUUUGGAAUGACUCUGUAAAGUCAGCUUUUACGACUUUUUUCAUUUUUUAUAAUGGUUGAAAAAAUGUACCUUCCUAUACGUGAAUUAGAUAUCAAAGUACCUAUGUAGAAUAAUUUCCCAUUACAUUGUAUUGUAAGUAUUUGUUCAAUAAACGAUAUGAUUUUUGGAUUA